GUUGGACUGUAGUAGCUCGAAUGUACUAACCUAAAACCUUAACCUAUAAGCUGACCUUCUUUACAACCCUUUCAACAAAAUGUCUUUGAGAUUUAUUAAAAUUAGAAAGUUAAAACGGAUUCUCUUCACUAAUAAAUCAUCGUGCUUCUGUUCUUCGUUUUCUAACAUUCAAAAGGACGAUGACAAGGAAACGCCAGUUACGAAAUUUCGUAAAACUCUCCUGAACGGUCCUUCCUUAAAAGACUUCUUCCAAAAUGACAAUCUUAGGGUGGACAAGGAAUUUGACUCGCCCGAAAUACCCUACUUACAAAAUAUGCCAGCGAUGGGAAAGUGCCGUAAGGUAUACUUCGACAUUUACGGUUGCCAGAUGAACGUAAACGAUACGGAGAUAAUUUGGUCGAUUUUAAAAAAACACAAUUACUUUAAAACGCGCAAUUUGAACGAGGCGGACGUCGUUCUUAUGAUCACCUGUGCGAUAAGAGAGGGUGCCGAGACGAAGAUCUGGAAUCGGCUCGAGUAUCUCAAAGGAAUUCGUAAUAAGAGACGGAAAGAUCGCGCGACAUUGAAAAUUGGUAUAUUGGGGUGCAUGGCGGAACGGCUGAAACAUAAGGUGCUGGAGCGCGAGAGGACCGUCGACGUCGUAGCCGGACCCGAUAGUUACAAGGAUCUGCCACGUCUACUCGCGUUGAGCGAUGACAAUCAAACUGCCAUCAACGUGCAGCUGUCGAUCGACGAGACGUACGCCGACGUGAUGCCGAUGAGAUUGAAUGAGAAUGCGGUUACGGCAUUUGUGUCUAUCAUGCGAGGCUGCGAUAAUAUGUGCACGUACUGCAUCGUGCCCUUUACUCGAGGACGAGAGAGAUCGAGACCUAUAAGUUCGAUUUUGGACGAGGUUCGUUACCUAUCGGACAGGGGCGUGCGAGAAGUAACUCUUCUUGGCCAAAACGUGAAUAGCUAUCGUGAUUUAUCUGAAGGUAGCGAUUUUUACACCACGACAACAAGCUUGGUUAAGGGCUUUAAGACCGUGUACAAGCCCAAAGCGGGCGGCAUUCGCUUUGCAACCCUGCUCGAGAAAGUGGCAAGUAUCGAUCCGGAAAUGCGCGUAAGAUUUACAUCACCACAUCCGAAAGAUUUCUCCGACGACGUCUUGGAGGCGAUAAAAUCGUACCCGAACGUCUGCAAGAACUUACAUUUACCCGCGCAGUCCGGCAACUCGAACGUACUGGAACGAAUGCGGCGAGGGUACACGAGGGAAAGCUACCUGGAACUUGUUGACCACGUCAGAUCGACCGUUCCCGAUGUUGCCUUGACUUCCGAUUUUAUAUGCGGGUUUUGCGGGGAGACCGAGGAGGAGUUUGACGAUACCAUUUCUUUGCUCAAAACCGUACGGUAUAACAUGGCGUACCUAUUUCCUUACAGUAUGCGAGAGAAAACCACGGCGCAUCGGCGGUUUGAAGAUGACGUACCGCCGCACGUAAAGCAGGCAAGGCUAGAGCGAAUGGUCGACACCUAUCGUAAUAUCGUCAAAAGCGUUAAUUACUCACAGAUCGGCGAGAGGCACCUAGUGUUGGUCGAGGGCGUAAGUAAAAGGUCAGAGCUGUACUUGCAAGGACGUAACGAUUCGAAUUGCAAAGUUAUAUUUCCUAUCGGUGAUAUACCGCAAGUGAAUGGGACCGAAAUUAAAACGAUUAAGCCGGGCGAUUACGUAGUGGUCCAUAUUAAUGCUGCUAAUUCGCAAGUUUUAAAAGGGAUCCCAUUGUAUCAUACGACAAUGUCGGAGUUUUAUAAUAAAUUUAAUUGUAGUCAUAAUGAAUAUCUUAAUUACAGUAGUACGUUUUAACGUUUUCUUGUUUUAUU